GUUCCCUCCAGCGGCAGGGAGCUUCAUUUUCUGAUCUGCUUUUGUGCUAAAAUGGAGGCUGGCCUCUCGCCCUGAGUGGAUCGCCUUCCUGGUUGAGUUUUAGAUGUUGACAUGCAAUAAAGCCGGAGACAGGAUGGUUGUGGAUGCACCCAAUUCCAACGGGCCCUUUCAGCCGGUGGCUCUAAUGCACUUCAGAGAUGUGGCCCCCGCCGAACAGGAGAAGCUCUUCAUCCAGAAGCUGCGGCAGUGCUGCGUUCUUUUCGACUUCCUGUCCGACCCCCUGAGCGACCUGAAAUGGAAGGAGGUGAAGCGGGCGGCCCUGAGCGAAAUGGUGGAGUACAUCACCCACAACAGGAAUGUCAUCACAGAGCCCAUCUACCCAGAGGUGGUGCACAUGUUUGCUGUUAAUAUGUUCAGGACGUUGCCUCCUUCGUCCAACCCUACCGGAGCAGAGUUUGACCCAGAGGAGGAUGAGCCCACACUAGAGGCAGCAUGGCCCCACCUACAGCUCGUCUAUGAAUUUUUCCUUAGGUUUUUAGAAUCAUCUGACUUCCAGCCCAACAUAGCAAAGAAGUACAUCGAUCAGAAAUUUGUGAUGCAGCUCCUAGAACUAUUUGACAGUGAGGAUCCCAGAGAGAGAGACUUCCUGAAAACUACUCUCCACAGGAUCUAUGGAAAGUUUCUGGGGCUGAGAGCGUACAUUAGAAAACAGAUCAAUAACAUUUUCUAUAGGUUUAUCUAUGAGACGGAGCACCAUAACGGUAUAGCUGAAUUACUGGAAAUACUUGGAAGCAUAAUCAACGGGUUUGCCUUACCACUGAAAGAGGAGCACAAGAUUUUCCUGUUGAAGGUUUUAUUGCCUCUGCACAAAGUCAAAUCACUCAGUGUCUACCAUCCACAGCUGGCUUACUGUGUGGUGCAGUUUUUGGAAAAGGACAGCACUCUAACUGAGCCGGUUGUAAUGGCUCUUCUAAAGUACUGGCCAAAGACUCACAGUCCCAAGGAGGUGAUGUUCCUGAAUGAGCUGGAGGAGAUCUUGGACGUCAUCGAGCCCUCAGAGUUUGUGAAGGUGCAGGAGCCUCUCUUCAGGCAGCUGGCGAAGUGUGUGUCCAGCCCACACUUCCAGGUGGCAGAGAGGGCUCUGUACUACUGGAACAACGAGUACAUCAUGAGUCUGAUCAGCGACAACGCAGCAAAGAUUCUGCCCAUCAUGUUUCCCGCCCUGUACCGCAACUCAAAGACGCACUGGAACAAGACCAUCCACGGCCUCAUCUACAACGCCCUGAAGCUUUUCAUGGAGAUGAACCAGAAGCUCUUUGACGACUGCACACAGCAGUUUCGGGCUGAAAAAAACAAGUACACUCCAAAUUCUGUGGUUCUGUCUUUAGAGAAGGCCAAGUCAAAAGAACGUGAAGAGGCUUGGAUCAAGAUCGAGAACCUUGCAAAAUCGAAUCCACAGCUGCAGCACGAACAGCGAAAAGAACGGCCGAUGGUGCGACGCAAGUCCGAACUGCCUCAGGAUAUCUACACCACAAAAGCCUUGGAGUCCCACCGCAGAGCUGAAGAAAUGUUGACCCCCCCAUGAUGGACUCUAGGCCCCACCAUCUUCCUCCUGCCCUCUACAGCCAUGGACAUCUGCGCCCAGAUGCCAGAAUUCUGCUGGUGAACCGUGCUGGGCUUUCCAUCCGUCUGCCCAUCACCACCUUUCCUCAGAAUCCUUCUUUCUAAACCAUUCCUGCUGCCCAGUGCAGACACCCCGUGUCCAUCACCCACAGUUUCUACUUUCUCAGGUUUUUUUUCUUU